AUGAUAGCGAAUACAUCUUUUCCUCUUAAAAUUCUCAUCAUUGGAACAGUUACUGAUAAAUCUUUGCCAUUUUUGUAUGGGCUAUUUCGUAGGCCAGUAUCAGUUUUCGAAUAUGCAGAGAUUCUCUUCGGAUUGUUCGGUAACAACUUUUUUAAGGUUGUAGAACAUUUUCCACCUGAUGAAGUUAACGAUCAGCGCCCAUUGUUGGCUCGUCUCUUUACUCAAUGGACAUUUACUUGUUCAUCACGACUAUUUGCUCGUAAGGCACCGAUUGCUUACACGCAUGUAUUCACUUAUCCACCUAUAACUAAUGGUGCGAGUAAUUCAUCAGUAUUUCAAGGGCACGUAUGUCAUGGCGACGAACUAUAUUUUCUAUUUGAAGCACUUCGGGCAAAUUUGACUGCUGCUGGUCGACGAUUAUCAUCAAAUUUCGCUAACUAUUGGACAAAUUACGCUAAAAGUCAAGAUCUGAAUCAGCCAAUACAAGUUCCACUGAUAUGGCCGAGAUUUCACAAUGAUGUUAUGAAAUAUUUAUGCUUUCAGGAUCCUAUUGAAACUAUGGAUAACUAUUUCAAAGAUGAUUGUGACUUUUGCGAUAAGAUUGGCUACUAG